UGACUUCCAAACAUGGCGGCGUCAGUGAAGGAGGCUUAGUUCAAAAGUCUGCAAUGCUCAUUUUUCGAGCUUCAUUAUCAGAUAUUUUUCGUCGUUUACAGUUUUGAGCGAACAUGUCACAUCAGGAGGCCGGUAAAGAGAAGGAGAGUCCCGGGGAAAAAGGUUACAGGACUCCCGGUCUGAGGGGGGCUCAGACCACCACACUGUUCCGAGCUGUCAACCCUGAACUCUUCAUCAAACCUAAUAAACCGGUGAUGGUGUUUGGACUGGUCACCAUCACUCUGUGUGUGGGUUACCUGGGCUACCUGCACGCCACGAAAGAAAACGACCAGCAGCUGUAUGAGGCCAUCGACAGUGAGGGGGAGAGAUACAUGAGGAGGAAGACCUCCAAAUGGGACUGACGUCACUGUGUGUGUGUGUGUGUGUGUGUGUGUGUGUGUUCAUGUACUGUGACGACAGUGAAUUAAAAUCUGACCUGACUGAAACAAGGACACCUGUCAAGUUUUCUCUGAAUACCAACAUUAAAGUGUGUGAGUUCACCUGC